CUCGACCUCCACGCUGACGGCGGUGUUGGUCGUCACCGGUCCGUGUGCUGGAGAAAGCCUCGAGCGCCUGUUGACUCUCCUGCGUCAUCUUCAAAGUACGGGCGUAUCCAGGCAAGACUCAUUUCCCUGCAGGUGGAAUGUCUCCUGUUCCUCAAGUGGCUCAACAGAUUAGCCAAGAGCAAAACCAACAGCAAAAUGGACCAAACUUGUCAAGUUUGCAUAGUUCCUUACCUGCUCCACACAGCAGGAGCCCAGCUUUUCUUCAGCAGGUACAACCAGCAGGCUGUGAUAAGAAGCAUGGGAUUUUGGUCCCAAUUCCAGUUCCCGUACAACAACAGGAAAAUGAAAUUCUGCAGCGAAUAACAGCACUGAGGAAAGAGGGUUUAUGGUCUCUGAAACGUCUGCCCAAACUCCAAGAGGCUCCACGGUACAAAUCACACCGUGAUUAUCUUUUGGAAGAAAUGCAGUGGAUGGCAACUGAUUUUGUUCAAGAAAGAAGAUGGAAGAUGAUAACUGCCAAGAGACUGAUUUUAAGUGUGGCUCGUCAUCACGACGAUAUGAUACUUCAUAAGGAAACAUGCAAGAAAAGAGAAGAGAAGCAACUGAGGGCUGUAGCUGCUUUUACUGCUAGAGAAAUUGAACACUUCUGGUCCACCAUUAAACAGGUGGUAGAUUUAAAACUGCGAGUGGAGUUAGAAGAGAGGAGGAAGAAAGCAUUAAACUCUCAGAACAUCUCAAAACAAGAAAUAAGAGACCCUUUGAAUAAGAAAGGGAGCCUUCAGAAGGAAGUGGUACUUCCAGAUCUUCUCAUAUCUACUGUAAAGAAAUACAUGGCAGAUUUAGCAGACAUUGGUGCUGCUGCAGAAGCGUUGUUACCCAAAGGCAGUGCUCAAAUCACAACAGUAGUAAAAAGUGAUACUCCCUCCCUAUUAUGCGGCACUCUUAGAGAUUAUCAGAAGACUGGACUACAGUGGUUGGCAAAGCUGUAUAAGAUGAAUCUCAAUGGCAUUCUGGCUGAUGAAGCUGGACUUGGAAAAACAGUGCAAGUUGUUGCUUUUUUUGCACACCUGGCAUGCAAUGAAGGUAACUGGGGACCUAUUCUUGUUGUUUCACAAAACUUUAAUGUGCUGAAGUGGGAGACUGAACUGAAAUGCUGGUGUCCUGCUUUGAAAAUUCUUCUGUAUCUUGGGGACCCAGGAGAACUUUUUAAAAAAAGACAGGAAUGGACUGACCCUAACAACUUUAAUGUAUGUAUUGCCUCCUGCAAGCAAUUCUUUAAUGACUAUGAAGCAUUCAUGAAAGUACAGUGGAGGUACCUAGUUCUAGAUGAGAGGCAGAAUGGUAAUAAUCUGACAGAGAAGCACUGGGAUGCAAUAUUCAAUCUCCAGAGUCAUCUUCGUUUACUCUUGAUGGAUACGCUUCUGCCUACUGCCUUAAAAGAUCUGUGGGCCAUUGCCUGUUUUCUGCUCCCAGGGAUGUCCCAAUCCUAUCUGGAUUUUACGAAGGUAGCAUCUGUGGAGGUGAAUGAAGAUCAUUACCAGAGAGUUGCAGUGAGACUGCAGAGAGUAGUGCAGUCAUUCAUUUUGCGGAGGUCCAAAAUUCAUGUUGAGAAGCAGUUACCAAGGAAAUAUGAGCACGUGCUUACAUGUACUCUUUCUAAUCGGCAGAAGUCAAUGUAUAAGGACAUCUUGUCUCAACCAAGAACUCAAGAAUGUCUUAGAAGUGGGCACUUUGUCAGUGUCCUCCAUAUUCUGAUGCAGCUGCUAAGGGUGUGUAAUCAUCCUGAUCUGAUAAGUCCCCGGCUUCCAAGUUCUUCCUGUAUAUUAGACACGCUGGAGUUUACAACUGCUUCUCUCGUGCUGAAUACAUUAGGAUGGGAUCUUUGGAAGCAUGCAGACUGGUCUCUCUUUGAUGUGAUUGGGAUGGAGAACCAAAUUACUUGCUACGAAGCACAAAUACUGCCAAAACUGAAGGUAACUAGGAAGCUUAUUGAAGAGAUCUACUGUUCUCCUUCGUCACCCAGACUUGAGCCAGUGAAGCUCAAACCAAAUAGGUUAUUUGCACCAGUGCAAUAUGGACAGAAACCUGAAGGUAGGACUAGAGACUUCUCAAGGUCUCAGUUGCAGCAGACAGUGGACACAGCAAUGGUUAUGGCAGAUCAUCACGGGAAAAUACAAGGACCACAACCCCUUGCCAUGUUUUCAGAAAAUCAGCAUAGGAAAGCCAGCAAGAUAGUACUCGGCCCAAUGGCUUCCACAGCUGGAGCACAAGAGAGAAUUGCUCAGCCAGAGAAGCCUGUAACAUUACAGUUUAGAGGGAAAACAUUUACUUUGUCUUACAGUCAGUUCUGUCAGCUUAUUGGUAGACGGUCUCUGAAGCAUCAAGUGGAUGACUUGAGUACUAAAUCUGAAUUGGUAUCUACACUUUCGUGUCCAACUCAGGGUAUCAUAGAAGAAAAAAGACAACUAAAGGAACACCUGGACAAAAUAUAUUUUGGGAAUGAGCGUCGUUGUUCCAGAACCCCCCUGUAUGGCAGAGACUUGUUGGAAAUUUGCUCUUGGAUCAGUGAAAGAAAAAUGUCUCAGCAUUGUUCUGCCAGGAUUAACAAAUGGUGCUGGGCUGGCUUUGCAAAUUGCCUUCCAUACUCAAGCACUUCAGAGGUUCUAAAGGAUCCAUUGCAAGAACUCAUUCUGACAUUGAAGCGGCAACAGAUUGCCCUGAAGGAUGUUGUUACUAGAGACCUAUGUGUAUUGCCAGCUGUAGCUGUUGCUCCUCCAGAUUUGUAUGUAGCAAAUCCUCCUUAUACAUAUACCCACGAAAUGAAGGUCUUGAAGCUUAAUCUAAAGGAACAGAUACUUCCCUACCUCCAUUCAGUGCAGCAUAUAGCAAGGCCUCAUUUUCUACAGUUUCCAAAUCCUCGACUGGUGCAGCAUGAUUCAGGCAAGAUGGAAGCUCUGGCUGUCUUGCUUCGGAAGCUGAAAGCAAGAGGACAUCGUGUGUUGAUUUUGACACAGAUGAUUCCAAUGCUUGAUAUACUGGAGCUUUUCUUGAACUUCCAUUUUCUCACGUACAUAAGAGUUAAUGAGAGCGGUGCUCACGGUUGGCAUUAUCUGGAAUCCAUAAAAAACUUCAACCAAGACAAGCGAUUCUUCUGUGCUAUUCUUUCUUCCCACACUCCUUCCACAGGUGUCAGCCAUGUAAAUGCGAAUACUGUUGUCUUCUAUGACACUGAUUUAGAUCCACUGAUGGAUACGAAGGCUAAAGAAUGGUGUGAUAAACUUGCAAGAGGCAGAGAUACUCACAUAUACAGGCUUGUAAGUGGUAAUUCUGUCGAAGAGAGGCUGUUGAAAAAAGGUAUUAAACAUUUGAUUCAAGAAGUGGCUGCUCAGGGAGAUGAUUGUUCAACAGACUUAUUAACUCAGGUUCUUUGCUCUGAAUAUGCAAAAGAGGAUUCCAGAAAGUUUACAGAAGAGACACUGUCUGACAUAAGAAAUGAUGUAGACUCAGAGUUGUGUGAUUCAAGAAAUACCAUGGUUCCUUCACAGUUAGAACAGCUGGCUAGCUUUGUGGAUCAGCUUAAGCCAAUUGAAAAGUAUGCGUUGAAUUUCUUGGAAUUGUUUCAUACUUUGAAUGAUCAAAAAAGCCAGAAAGUCAACAAGGAGUUAAAACCUGCAAAUAUGAAAUGGGAAUAUCGGCAUCCCAAGGAGUUGGAAAAGGCAGAAGAAAAAUUUCAGCAGGAAGUGGAACUCUUAACGUAUACCAGACAAGAUGCUUAUAACAUGGAAUUUGUCUGUGAAGGACCAGAUGGAGAAAUAGAAAUAAUGCCUCUUUGGACUCCCCCUGUUGUACCUGAGAAUCACAAUGAUGUCUACACUGAUUCUGUUAUGUGUCUGAUGUAUACUAGUACUCCGAUUCCAGAGUCUAAGCUUCCACCUCUGUUUGUUAGGAAGGCACGUAAGCGGCAGAGAACAGAUCUGUCAUCUUCAGGUGAGAGUAAGAAGCGUUGCUAUAGAAGGAUGGUUGCUCCUCCACCUUCACUUUUUGAUCAAGUGACUCCAAGAAUAUUGAACACACGACAGAAGAGCAAAGCUCAGAAGACCCUCCUCUGGGUAAAACAGAAAACGUAUUUUGCAAGACCUUUGUCAGCUCUCAUCAAUGCAGCUGCUGACACUGGGCAAGAUAGCCCUGCAUGGCUAAUUGCUGAAGACUUGGCACUGUUAAAAGCGGUGAAACAGUUACGGACACUUCCUUUAAACCUUGCUAUGGCGUCACCUGCACAGACGGCAAACUGGGACUUUGUCAGCGAUGUCGUUAACUCUUGUAGCUAUGUUUAUCGCUCCCCGAAGCAAUGCCAAAAUCAUUACAUAAAAUCAUUUGUAGGUCCAGAAGGAGAGAAUAUAGGUGGUUAUCCUCUUCGUGUUAGACAAGCUUAUGCUAAAGACAAGAAUUCUGAGCGUUCUCAAAUCUAUAUGAAUCACUUUGAGUUGAUGACAAUGACUACUAGAAAGAGAAGUUCCUCAAAUAGGUUUCUUGCAGAGAACUAUGACAAGCUACUACCUAUGUCUGAGGUUGUUUCCAUCUGUGCAGAGCCUAUGACGAUGCAGGAAAAGGCAUUCACUGAAGAACAAAUAGCUCCACAACUGCAGGAGCAACAGCCCAGUCAGAAACAAGAAGAAGAACAAACAAUGGAGCAAACCCAAACCCAGUGUCAACCACAGGGGGAAACACAGGCUUUGGGACGUACACUCUCUGCAGUCAUAGCUGUGUUACGGCAAGUGUCUGUGGUACCUGCCAUUCCAGCACAGCUGCAGCCCUCAACCCCCAGCCAGUUUUUUCAAGCAGAAGCAUUUGACAGCAUCAGUUGUAACCAUCACUCUGAUGGCAACUGUGCAGAUGGCUUUUGAUGACUUCGCUUAUAUCAGAUUUAGUCGCAAGAAGUUCCAGGAACCAAGUCCUGAUCCUCAGCCCACGGUGACUUUUUUGCCACAGACAAAAUCAAUACAGGGGUUACCCUGAUGGCAGACUGCAGGUGUUUGUGAACCUCUGGAAAGCAGAGCUUACGUACAGCCUGGAGUCGGAGUACGUGACGCCUUCAGUAGCGGAUGCUGAAAGUAGUGAAACGUCUGCUUUGUAAAUGAGAACUGAAUGUCGUUAUCGGGCAGGUGGAAGUUUUAUUUCCUUUAUUGCUGAGCCCUUCCCCAGGUUUUUUUUGGCAGUAUGUUACUGUAGUCAAGAGGAGCAACUAGGUUACUUUUUUUCCUCCCUUCCCGUCCUACGAGGACUGUGGUGCCGGUGCUCCAGGUAAGCACUCUCCGCUUCCUCCUGCCCGUAGGCACGUUUUCUUUGUGGAUUUCUACGCGAAACCUUGACGAAAAGGGUCAGCACGGUUACCCGCCCGGGCAGCACGGACUCCUCGAACGCGUAUCACGCUCCCCUGCCGGCACGACAAUAAAAGUUACUUUUCUGCCCUG